UCCACCUGGGCAGCGCGAAACCCGACACGUCCCAUGAUCCAUCGCCGGACCCCACCGCCUCGGCUAUCAGAUGCCCAGAAGGCCUCUCGGAAAAUCAAGAAAGACCAGAGGACAGAAAUUACGAAGCAUUUACAUGAUGCUGUUGCCAAACAUCUGCAAGAACAGAAAAACGGAGUUGAAUUGCUCUCACUCGCUCACAAUGUUACUCCCAAACAGAUCAACGACAUAAUCAGUCAUCCGACCAAGUAUUGCACGGCGCACAAGGUUCACCUCAAUAACGCCUUAAUUCAUGCCAAAGCUAAGGAAAUGAACAGCGGUACGCAAAAUUCCUUUGCUUGCUCUUCUGCGCAAGAUGGUUGCUCAGGACCCCAGAUGCAAGAUUUGACAAAGGGUGAAAAGGCCACUUAUAUAGCUGCUCUCAGUCAACACCGUGAACAAAAGGUAAGUAGCGUGCGAGCAAAUAACAUGGCUACUGCACGAGAUGUUUUAGUCACGACGGAAAGGGUGGUCAAGGAGCUCGAUGAUUUGCGUAUUCACACAGGCACCUAUGGGACUCUAUUUGUCGUUCGGGGUCACAUUAAUGACACCAUUCAAAGCACAAUGCACGGUACUGACAAUUCUGAAGACUUCUGGGAGGACAUUUACGACUCUCCAAUGGCCGAUUUUCUCCGACAAUACGAACAAUGGGCCUGCACGCAGAAUCAAAAUCUCAAUGAACGAGACUCUUUGGAAACGGUCCGCAAGCAAGCUCGAAAAUUGAUUGUCCGAGGACUGGUUGCAAUGACUGGCAAAAGAGACAUCACAAUGAACUACAACAACUACGAGACGGCAAUUAUCAAAACAUAUGCGGUCAAGCUAGUAGGAUGGCCCCAGGGUGUCAAAUUUACCAGUCCCUCAAACAUCGGGACAGUCGGUGAAAUUCGCAAGCUCCGUGAUGCGCUCAAGGACCGAACAUGUUACUGGGCUGCUCUCACUCCAACCGAAGUCAAGGUUCACAGUGCUGAACUUGAUGUGCGCCGUUCGGCGGGGCAAGUUGUUCGGCAGCCACACAAGAAGCGCUCCGACGCUGGAAUCACUCGCAAGUGCAAGGCUCCACCUACCACAGGACAGGCACACAAAGAGAACAGAAGGCCGUCAAAGAAGGUGAAAAAGAAUACUAGUGCCCAGCAUCGUGAGGCUCCUAAAAGUGCGGAGUUCAUUGAGUCGUCUGAUGAGGAAGAGGACAAGGGCGAGUAGUACACCCUGCUACUCUUUUAUGUAUAUUCUGAGGAUCUGUACAUAUCUGAAUGAUUAGUAGCUGUCACUGUAAAAAACGCGCCACCAAUGUGUAAAAACGCGCUGUCAAUAUGCAUGGUUUAAGGAGCUCAUCAUGUACGACAGUGGGCACGAAGGUUCACAUGGCGGGAGCAUGAUAGCCGAAGCCAGGAACAUUAAUGCCGACGUCCCGCUUAGUUACCUAGAACUACUGUUAUUAAAAGUCACUCUUUAUCCAAGAGUUAUUGAAGGAGGCUUGGAAACGCUGGAACUCUGUCAUUUUAGACGUGCUAGCCCUAUCUAUAAUCACAUCUAAUUAGAGGCAAUACGUGGGAGUCACAG